UUUUAUUGAUAUUUUUUAAAAAAUAUUCAAAUCUCAUUUUUAUAUACAAAAUACAAUUAAUGUUUAUUAAUAUUAAUUAUACUGUUUUAUACUUAAAUUGGGAAUAUAGAAAUUUGAGGUUAUCACACCUUAGGGAGAGAAUUUGGAAUAAUUUGGACUAAUAAUUUGUGAUGGAAUUCACGGCAAAACAAUUAUUAGAUGAAUUAAUCAAUAAAAUCGAAAAAUCACAACAACAUCAUGCAGAGGGAGCAUUGGGAUCCGACAGCAUAUUAAAUCCGAAUUGUAUAUUGAAUACAAAAAGUUCAUUUAAAACAGAAAUAAAAGAUUGUGACAAGAAUUCAUUGGAUAAUUCAAUUUUAUUUGAUUUUUCUCUUAAUCUUCCGUGUAGCCAACAUUGUACCACAGUACAAAAGGGAAAUGACACAAUUAGUAAUAUCUUAGCUAAUAAAUAUAAACUACUCACACACAGUGUGAGUACUAAGAAGAGAAAAACAGUAGUCAGAGGAUAUGAAAAAGUGGUAAAGGACGUUGGUGAGAUGUUAAAAGUGAAGAAAGAUGUGUGUAAUUUAUUGUUUAGUCACUUUCCAAAGUAUCUAAACAGUUGUUUCCGGUUCAAAGUUGGUGAACUUUGUUACCUCAAGUGGUAUGACGAAUUGUGUCUCGUUAUUAUCAAUUUUGCCUCUCAAAAACUUUUAAUCAGCUCAGAUAACGAUUUCGAUGACAAUUACGACAAUUACGACCAGGAAAGAAGCACUCAAGACCGUAGGAAUAUAUGGUUGUAUGAUAUAAAUGAGGAGGUGUUUUUGGACCAUGAUAACCAUAACCUUUACUCCAAAUUAAAUGAGCUUAAACCCAUCAACAUUCUACUCGAUAAUAAUUUCACCUACAACUUCACACACAACUUCAAAGAUUUCAAAGAUAAACACUCUCUACGAUAUUAUUUUAUUCCAAUGUAUUAUGUGACGUUUCCUGGUUACAAGCGGCGUUGUUCCAAGUUAUUCCGGUUCUGGGUUCAGGAAAAAGACCUAAUCAAGUUCAAAUCCAUCAAGUUCCUCGCCAUCAAAGAUCUUAAACCCUUGAAAGAUAUUAAACCCUCAAAGGAUCUGAAACCCAUGAAGGAGUUGAGUAAAUCUGGGAAAGACAUUAAAUCUGUUAAGGAACUUAAAUCUGGUAAAGAAGUUAAAUCUGUGAAAGAAACGAAGAAUUCGAAGGAAACGGGUAAAUCUAAAGAAGUGAAGAAAGAUCUGAAAAAAGAUGUAAAGGGUAAAGAGUUGAAGAAUAUGAAAGGUAAGGAUAAGAAGAACGUUGAGGUGACUAACAGUUGUUCCUAUGUGAUAAUGAGGACAAGGGGUGAUAAGUUAUGGAAUAAACGCAAGAUCUUACCCAUUAACGAAUACGUUUACGAUGUUAUACAUAACUUAUAUCAUCACGAUUUAGUGUCAGGGAGAUAUAUUUCAAAUAAUGAAUUCUUUUGUAAUAAUGGAUAUGUACCUUGGGUGAUCCCAAAGGCUGUGAGAAAAGUAGUAAUUCGUCAUCACAGACUUGUUACUACUGAUAAAAUAACUAUCCGGCAGACUAUCAAAUAUCGUAAAUCCAUCCACCUCAUUAUACAAAAUUUUAAGUUUCUACUACUUCUCAUCUCCAAACUCACCAACCCACAUACUCAAUAUAUUAACAAGGGUAAUGGUAUUAACAAUGGUAACACGGUAGACAAUUUGGACCAACUGGGCGUAGUAAGUAUGUAUAUAAUAAAUAACUUGGAGAUGAAUGGGAAUAUAACAAAGUUUAAUGAGACUUAUAUUAAUAAUUUAUACUGGCUUGAUGUGUUGCUGUUGUGGAUCGACCACUUUUUUCUCAAUAACUGCUGCUACACACUCAGCGAAUAUAACCAACUGCAACAUCUCACCAAACUAUACAAUCACACUCUUACACAAUUGCUCAAUUACGAAUAUCUAUGUCGCGUACUAACGUUUGAUAUGUUUUACAAGAAUUUUCUAUCGAGGAUACAAAAGAAUAAUAAACACUUUGCCAACUAUUUACCUGUGAUACAGUUGCUACUGUAUUACCUCGCGUUCAUCGCUGAUGAUUACACCAACCACUCACUCUACGGCAUUAAAACUCCGCAAUAAUUUUU